GUGGGAUAGUGGUGUUUCGAUUGCGGUUGGGCGCGAACUGGUUUACAAUUAGCCUGAGUUGGAUGUUUCACGCCUCUCAAACCGACUAGACCAUCGACAAACGAAGCGCGUAAUAUGUCUCAUUUAUUACGAAUUUUGGUAGAGGCUGCAUUUGUCGUCGGGCUUCUCGUGUCUAGAAGUAACAAGACGAACAACCUAGAAUGUCGGUUUGAGCCACCUUGUAGGCUAGACCAUCGACAAAUGACUAAGAAAUGUCUCAGAAUUGGGAGAAGAAGCCUUUCCUUUCCUUUUCUGACCGGAGAAGCACAAGACGGCAUCGGGCUGUCCGGAAACAACUCAUCGAAAGACGCAGAUGACGGGUGGAUGCGUUCAGCCGACCAGGCUCAUCUCGUUGACUUUGCAACACCAGCAGAAGGUACUGGAAGAAUAAACUUCAACCGCCCCUCUAAUACCCCAUUGGCUUCCACUACCGAACUUUGAUGAAUUCAGGAGGAGCGACCUUCUCGGUCUGCUUGGGAUAACUCAUCAAGCAACGCAGAGGUGGUGGUUGCAUCUGCAUCUCAAGACGCUCGUCUCCAAGGUCGUCUGUUCGCCUGUAUCAUCAACAGAAGGUCCCAAUCCUAGAAAACUCAACUCGAGCCGCCUUUCUGAUAUCCCAUUGAUUUCCGCCACCAGUCUUCGAGACCCACCCGUCUCAUAUACGCCCCUACCUCACUCAUCUUCUCGAACAUCAUCAUCCCCAUGCCGUCUUCGCUAGAAACAAAGCUUGCUUGUGUCAUCUUGAGUUCCGUCUCCUUAAGUCCAG